AUGGUCUUGAUGGACGACGCAUCCGCGAGGAUGGACGACAAAGUCUCCCCCGUCCUUGCAGAAGGCAGACAAGGUGCCAGGAAGGAGCAGUCCAUGACCCUCUGGCAGGCUUUGCGGUUAUACCCAAAAGCCGUCGGCUGGUCAGUACUCCUUUCGUCUACUCUGAUCAUGGAAGGGUAUGACCUCGCAUUGCUGAGUUCAAUGUACGCAUCACCUGUGUUCAACCAAAAGUUCGGAGUACAGACUGCCUCGGGGAAAUGGGCUGUUCCGGCAUCCUGGCAAUCCGGUCUCUCCAAUGGUGCCCGCUGUGGUGAAGUCAUUGGACUUUUGAUCAAUGGUUUGGUCUCCGAACGCUUGGGAUAUCGCAAGACCAUGAUCUAUGCCUUAGCCACCAUCACAGCAGUCAUUUUUCUGUUUUUCUUCGCGGUCAAUGUUCAGAUGUUACUAGCCGCCGAGAUUCUCGCCGGUGUCCCUUGGGGUAUCUUCCAGACCUUGCCAGCCUCUUACGCCUCCGAGGUUUGUCCGGUAGUCCUGCGACCUUACCUAACAACUUUCAUCAACAUGUGCUGGGUAUUCGGGCAGUUCGUCGCGAUUGGCGUCAACCGCGGCUCCAUUUCUCGCGAUGAUCAAUGGGCCUGGCGCAUUCCUUUCGGUGUGCAAUGGGUCUGGCCAAUCCCGAUCAUGAUCGGCUGUCUCUUCGCACCUGAAUCCCCUUGGUGGCAUGUGCGUCAGGGAAAUGUGCAGGGAGCUCGACGAGCAUUGCAGCGGUUGACAUCGUCUAACGACCCCAACUUUGACCCUGAAGAGACGAUUGCUAUGAUUCAACACACCAACGAGUUGGAGAAAUCGCUUUCUAGUGGGACUACAUAUUGGGAUUGCUUCAAAGGAACAAAUCUUCGCCGGACUGAGGUAGUUUGUAUUGUCUGGUUAGUGCAGACCCUGUGUGGCCAGAACUUGAUGGGUUAUUUUGCCUACUUCUGUGUCCAAGCGGGCCUGCCCACCGUUGAAUCUUUCAAUUUGUCCUGGGGCAAUACGGUCUUGGUGUUUUGGGUACAACAGGAUCGUGGCUCUCUAUCUUUUGCGCCGGGAGACAAUAACGCAGCCAAAUGGGCAAUCGGCGUGAUGCUCAUCAUUUUCACGUUCUGCUAUGACAUCAGUGUCGGCCCUGUCACGUACUCUCUCGUCUCGGAACUAUCCUCCACUCGUCUCAAAGCAAAGACUAUCGUCCUUGCCCGGUGUCUAUACAACAUCAGCAACAUUGUCGUCAACGUCCUAACCAACUACCAGCUCAACUCCACAGCCUGGAACUGGGGUGCUCGGUGUGCCUAUUUCUGGGCUGGCACGUGUCUAGCCUCCCUGGUUUGGGCAUUCUUCCGGCUUCCUGAGCCGAAGGGCCGCACAUAUGAGGAAUUGGACUUGCUCUUUGAGCGCGGAGUUCCAGCUAGGAAAUUCGCGACCACCGUCGUUGAUCCGUAUGAGGGAGAGGCGGCGGAGGUCCAUGAGGCGCGUGUGGAUAAGGAUUGA